CACAAAAAAUGAAUGAUCCUAGAUCAAAAAUGAUGAUUUCUCCUGGAUUAUUACCAAAUGAAUCAUUACUAGAUUCAUUGGUUUUAAUAACCAAUGAAGUUAGUUCAAUUGAAAAAUUUCCAUUAGUACAAAUUAAAAAUGUAUCAUCUAUGAUAAGAAGGAUUAAGCUUCUUUCAUCUUUGUUUGAAGAGAUUCAAGAAUCAGAUACACCACUUCCACCUUCAUCAAUUCUUUGUUUUACAGAAAUAUUUUCUGUGAUUACAAGAGUGCAGAUUUUGAUUCAAGAGUUGAAAGAUGGAAGUUCUCUUUGGAGUUUAUUACAAUUAGAGUUCAUUUCUAAUCAAUUUUUUGUGCUUGUAAAAGAAUUUGGAAGAGCUUUUGAUAUUCUUCCUUUGAAUUUGCUUAAUAUAACUUAUGAUAUUAAGGAGCAAAUUGAGCUUGUGCAUAAACAAGCUAAGAGAGUUGAAUUGUUCAUUGAUCCUAGGGAAGUUCAAAGAAGAGAAAAGCUUUUAGAAGUAAUGUCGAAAAAUUGUUUGAAAAAUAAUAAGAACAAUAAAGGGUUUAUUGAUUUUUUGAAAGUUGAAGAAAUUAUGAGUAGCAUUGGUUUGAUAACUUUAUCGGAUUAUGUCGAAGAAAUAUCGAAGUUAGAAGUUGAAGCUCAGAAUCAAGCAGGCACAGGUGGACUUAUUGUCGUCUCAAAUAUAAACAAUCUCAUUUUGCUCGUUUCGUAUACCAAAUCAAUGGUAUUCCGAAACGGAGAAAAAAGUGAUGGCGAAUAUUCGGAUGAGAGUAAGUCAUCAUUAUCUAUGAUUUUAUACAACAAAAGUAAAAUAUAUGAUAAUGAUAGUUCUUCUUCAUCUUCUUUUUCUCAAUCCAUGAUGUCGUCGACAAUUAAUAUUCCAGACGAAUUCCGUUGUCCGAUUUCGCUAGACCUAAUGAGGGAUCCUGUGAUUGUUUCAUCAGGACAUACUUAUGACCGAAUUUCGAUUGCAGAAUGGAUAAAUUCUGGUCACCAUACUUGUCCUAAAAGUGGCCAAAGACUAAUUCAUACUGCAUUGAUACCAAACUAUGCAUUGAAGAGCCUUGUUCAUCAAUGGUGCUACGAAAACAACGUCUCGGUGAACGAACCAAAGGGAAACAACAACAGUGGCAGUAGCAGCAAAAGGCACAAGAAUGAGAAUGCAAUUGAUCAUAUCUCAGCAAACAAAGCAUCAAAAGAUGCUGUCAAAAUGACAGCAGAGUUUCUUGUUGGAAAAUUAGCAACCGGUUCAACCGAUAUCCAAAGACAAUCCGCAUACGAGAUUCGUCUGCUCGCGAAAACCGGUAUGGCCAACCGACAAAUCAUAGCCGAGGUAGGCGCUAUUCCGUUUCUAGUAACACUUUUAGUAUCCAAAGAUUCAAGAAUCCAAGAACACGUCGUAACCGCCUUGUUCAACCUAUCGAUCUACGACAACAAUAAGAUUCUAAUCAUGGCCGCCGGAGCGGUCGACAACAUAGUCGAAGUACUCGAAUCGGGAAAAACAAUGGAAGCAAGAGAAAAUGCUGCAGCAGCAAUAUAUAGCUUAUCAAUGUUAGAUGAUUGUAAAGUGCAAAUUGGAACAAGUUCAAAAGCAAUACCUGCAUUAGUGUUACUUUUAAAAGAAGGUACACCAAUUGGUAAAAGAGAUGCUGCUAUUGCAUUGUUUAAUCUUGCAGUUUAUAAUCCUAAUAAGUUAAGUAUUGUUAAAAGUGGAGCAGUUACUUUACUUGUUGAGUUGUUGAUGGAUGAUAAAGCCGGUAUAACCGACGAUUCAUUGGCGGUGUUGGCCGUGUUAUUAGGUUGUUCACAAGGGUUAGAAGAGAUAAAAAAUUGUAAAAGUUUGGUGCCUAUUCUUAUUGAUCUUUUGAGAUUUGGUUCGGUUAAAGGGAAGGAAAAUUCGAUAACCGUUUUACUCGGAUUGUGUAAAGAAGAAGGAGAAUUGGUUGCAAGGAAAUUGUUGGCAAAUCCAAGGAGUAUUCCAUCUCUUCAAAGUUUGGCUGCUGAUGGUUCUUUGAGAGCUAGAAGAAAAGCUGAUGCAUUGCUUAGGUUGCUUAAUAGAGAUUGUAUGGAGCUGGAGGUCGUAGGAUUAUUGUGGCAGGUCUUCCUCCAAUUGGUUGUGUUCCAAUACUAGUGACAUUAGAUAGC